GGCCCAAUCCGAACCAAGUGCUGCGGAUGUUGAACGUCAGAUGGCCAUUGAACAAGAAAUUGCGAGACUCCAGGAAGAGAUGGAAGAAUACAAAGCGAAGACAGUUGAAAUAGAUGAAACUAUCAAAUCAUUGCAUGAAGAUAUUAUGGACGCUGGUGGAAUGGAUUUACGGUUACAGAAGAUUGUCGUCGACGAUGUCCGAAAGCGUAUCAAUGGUCUGAACAACAAGAUCACCAAGAGUAUGGUUGCCAAGGCAAAAGCAGAGAAAGACGUCACGAAAUUGGAAUCCACCAUCAAAAAAGCAGAAAGAGAAUUUGAGAAAUUGGAAACAGAUCUCAAAGAAUUGGAGCAAGAAAGCAAACGCAAGGCAAAGGAGGCAAGCGAAGUAAUGAAAGAAGUUGAGAAGCAUCAAACGGUAGUGUAUACGCGUGGAUUGUAUGCUGUUCCUGUAUGCGAGUGUAACCAUAACUUUUACCUUGUAGCUGAUGAAAGAAGCGAAAGUGAAAGUAGACAGUUUACGUAAAGAGCUUGAUGAGAAGACAAACGCCAUUAACGCAUUACGGCAAAGCAAGGUACGUUCGAAAAUUAGGU